GAUAUGAACUUAGUCGUUGGUCGCAUAUCUCCGUCGGCCCAUACAAGUAUAUGGGAUGGUGUGAUCCAACUUAAGAGCAUCGCGGUGUUUGUGCUCGCUUUCUUUAGAAGCGGGGAAAAAAUUCAAGAUAUUGUCUGGCCGAAAACCAUAGAAAUUGAAAGAAGAGUGAAAUGGGGGGAUUUUAAAAAAUUCCUCAAGGAUCUUCGCUACUCUCAAAACCGGUCGAUAAUGGUAAUUUCCCUGUGCUUGAAUGCUGAGUCUUCGAAAAAUGGCUUAGGGGGAAUGAAGGAGGUUGCAAAGAUGUUAAAAUUGAACAAAAGAAUUGGUUUAGCAACAAUAGAAGAUGAUACAUGUAUUUAUGUAUGUCCUGGGCAGAAGGAGAUAAUAACAGUCCUUAAAAAAUAUGGUUUCUGGAAAGGCGCGUCAACAGUCCAUACAAACCAAGACUCUUUAAUUGGUUUUGUUGUACGGGACCGAAGAUCACCGGUAAACACAAGCAAGGGAGAGAUAAGCAUUGACAAAAUAAAAGAAAUUGGGGUUACUCAUGUGGAAGCACAACAAGUGAUAUAUGAUCAACGAUCAUACCCUGUUCACCCUCUUCAUGUUCCAGUAGAUGACGGCAUAUAUUUUCGGCGUCCUCCUCUGGUAUUAGCAGAGCAAGGCGCAUAUCGUCCAUAUCCUCCUCCUGGACUACUAAGUCAUGACUUUCAUUCUCCGCAUCCUCCUCCUGGACUACCAGGUCAAGGGUUACAUCCUCGACAUCCUCCUCAUGCCCCAGAAUGUCAAGGCGUCUUUCACUCGCAUGCUCCUUGCGCAAGAGAUCAAGGUUUCAUUUCCCAUCGUCCUCCCAAUUUUGCACCAGGAUAUUUGAGGCCCUCAACUGGUCAUGGAAACAACAAGGGUUCACUACACUUGAGGCCACCUAGUGGUUCUGCUUCUGGUCGUGUGUGGCCUCCCAUGUCGCACCCAAGGUCCGGGAACGAUCUUUAUGGUUUUGAAAGAUCGAAAGGUUUCUCUCGCUCUAGCUCCACAUAUUACUCUAGAUACGACAAUGGCUCAGGUAGCUGGCCUCGCAAGUAAAGUCAAUGAUGAAAGCGUAGCCUUGUCCCAAACAACAUUCUGAAUGAUUUAUCUUAGAUUGGUGUAUUCAGAAGUACAAGCCAGACACCAAGACAUGGAUUCUUGUUUCCUUUUCUUUUUGGACCAGUUACUCCCAAUAUCUGCAGAACUGAAUUCUUGAUGUGUACAAUGAUGUA